CGCCCCCUUUUGUCCCCGUGGUGACCUGGGGUAGGGAGUCUCAGGACCAGCUCAGACUGGCUUGACGGGUGGCUCCUCCUUCCCUCAGCUGCCUGUGCUAGGAAUCGCCAGGCUGACCUGGCCCGGCCCACCUUGGGUCCAGCACCCGGGGAACAAGUCUUCCAGUCCAGUCCUCAGAGCCGCUGCGCCCAUCCCCGAGAUACAGAGGAAAACUGCUUGUCCUGACUCGCAAAGGCAGAACACGGCCUUUCCCACUGCCCCGCGUCAGUGUCCCCCCAAAGCACCCACUGCCAGAGCUCAGGGUUCUCAGCAGGCACGGAGGCAGGGCCCCUGAGAGGAAGCCGUCCACCAUGCUGGAGGCCUCAGGGACUUUAGACUGGAGAACCCGCGAUGCCACCCCCAGGCCAACCACGGAGUGGGGACCCAGGGCUUCUCCAGGAGGAAAUGCAGGGCGCUCACAGAGGGGACCCGGGCUGCCUUACACAGCCAAUGGGACAAGUACUGUGCCUUAACUGUUUGACGUGGUAUUGUAAAGGCUCCCUCAUCCACCCUGCCCCUUGGGGAAGUCCAAGCCAGCAGUCAAAGACACGUAAUAUAUAACAUAGGUGCACACACAUAAAAGCCUCAAAGAUAAGCUGCUUCGGUGAAAUCUUUUACAAAGCUACUGCGGGUAAAAAUAGAGCUAUUCUAGAGGUCAAGGAAAUCCCUUUGCCCGCGGAGGGCAGCAGGGUUGGAAGGUUGCUCAGCCUCGCCUGGAAACCAUCAGUCUACCAGAAGCAGAAGUUAACACAGAGGAGUCAGGACGGGAUUCCAACGGUAGCUCUGAAGGCCGGGUCACGCUCAGCUCAGCUCAGCGCCGUGCACACAGGUCCCCUUCUCCUGAGGGCUCAGCCAUGACCCUGCGAACGCACCACAGUCAUAGCCAGCACACCAAGGCCCAGACAGCAGAGCUAUCCUGGGGAAAGCCAGGAGUGCUGCUGAACACCACGGUCAGCUGCGAAGAAAGCAAGCCCUUUUAAGGAAACCCUGUCACUUCAAUGGGCUGCUUUCCUGCCAGGCUUUCAAUCCCUCUGCACACAAGCUGGACCACAGACUGCUGCACGUAGGUCUAGAGCCUGGCUUUUCAUUCCCCUCCUUCAGCACCAGUUGUUGGCCAAAAAUAAACACCAUUCCUCAACCAUAUAUGUCCACCGGCCCUGAGCCAGAGAGGAGAGAGGAGGUCAGCCCGGGCGGGGCGCACUCAGGGUGGCCGCCACUCGCUAUGCACAUCACCCAGCUCAACCACGAGUGCCUGCUGCACCUCUUCUCCUUUCUAGACAAGGACAGCAGAAAGAGCCUCGCCAGGACCUGCUCCCAGCUCCACGAUGUGUUUGAAGACCCUGCGCUCUGGCCCCUACUGCAUUUCCGCUCCCUCACCGAGCUCAAGAAGGACAACUUCCGGCUAGGCCCGGCACUGCGCAGCCUGUCCAUCUGCUGGCACUCCAGCCGCGUGCAGGUGUGCAGCGUCGAGGACUGGCUCAAGAGCGCCCUCCAGAGGAGCCUAUGCAGCCAGCAUGAGAGCCUGGUCAGUGAUUUCCUCCUCCAGGUGUGCGACAGGUGCCCCAACCUGACGUCCGUCACGCUGUCGGGCUGCAGCCACGUCACCGACGACUGCCUGGCGCGCCUACUGCUCUGCUGCCCGCGCUUGCGCGCGCUGCGCCUGGAGAACUGCGCGCGCGUCACCAACGGCACUCUGGUCGCCGUGGCCGCGCACGGGCGCGCGCUGCAGACGCUUCACGUCGACUUUUGCCGCAACGUGAGCGCCGCGGGCCUGCGCCGUUUGCGCGCAGCCUGCCCUCGCCUCACCCUGCGCGCCGAGCACAGCGCGGCCAUGAUCCCCGACCAUCUGCCGCGCGCGCUCGCCGUCCCGUGCACGCCGUGGCCGCUCUAGGCCCGGACCCUGGGGCGCGCGCCUCCGACGCUCACGUCUGGCGGGCCUCGGUCUUCCGUCUGCGCCGCGGGUACAAUGCCUGCUUCCCGCGGGGUGUGGUUUGAUGCAGAGGACGAGUGCGAGUAAAGGACCGGAUGCUUAGACGACACUCGCGUGGUUCCCGCUGUCGCCACCACCACCCCUUCCUUCCGCACCGAGGUUCCACCGCGCGCGCCACCAGCCUCGGCGCUUAGGCCGCCGUGGGUCACGCGACCGGGGACGGGGCGGGCACACGAGCUCGAGGCCACCCGGUCCUCGCGCAGUAACCUCGGGUGCAGACGGGACCAGUGCCUGCACCGCCUUCCCCGGGGCAGGUGUGGCCCUAGGAGCGACGGCAGAGGGCCGGUCCAGAAAACCCGCUCCCAUUCUUACGUAAACUGCAGUCACCGAUUAUUUCCUACCCGUUUUAGAGAAGGAGAACAUACUACGGGAAGUGAGGGGAGUAAUAAAGAUUUAAAAAUAAAAAGUGACCCCGGUUAAGUCCUUUGAUAAUGGAACCACUACCUCCGGACACACA